AUGUUUGGGCCAGCCGAAAAUGUGAAUAUACACGCAACGUGUCAGUUGGAUAUUUACACCGUGUGUCAAAAGGGAUCAUUUCUACAGCUACAUCGCUACUUUGAAGUUCACUGCGAUGAGCAAUACAAGAAACACCUGUGGAUAAGAUCUACUGUGUCACUUCUUUGCAGGAUAUUCGUGAAACCAUUAAUAUCUUACAAGGCUUUCUUCAUUGAAAUUACUUUGGUUUGCUGCCUGGAGCUAGAACAAGUUUCCAACGUACUUGGUAACCGCUUUAUUGCUAUUGUACCAAUGGUUAGUCAGGGAGCAAGUGUUGCACUUUUCAACAUGUUUGGUAAGGAAUCCCCUGUAACUGCAAGUUACCUUAGACCAAAGAGUGCCACUAUUCUUCUCACUGCUAUGAAUUGGACUUUAUAA